AUGGCCACAAGUGCAUUCAAAUGUAUUGAAACAGGACUCAAAUGAUGCGCACGGCUUUUUUCCCACCCGAUACUUUCACCUUAUUGUCUGGCAGGCACGUGCACACACAUUUUUGGGGACAGGUUCUCCAGCCAAAAACGGUACCCAUUGCCAAAAUGUUUCAUUGUAAGAAAAAAUGAAUGAUAUCAUUAUUAACAUGAGGUGAAGGGAGGCUACAGUGGAUAUAAAACGUCAACUCACCCACGCUCAAAAUGAUUUGUUUUAGGGGGCCGGUGGCAAGCUUAUGUACAAUACUCACAAGGACUCAAAUUCUCCAUCAGUUCUCAAUACCGCUUCUCCUGUUCAGGGUCGCAGGGUGCUGGAGGCUAUCCCGGUCACCGCUGCGUCGCAGGGCACGGCAAGUUUAUUUGUUCCACCCUUAAUCACAAAAGACUCUCAAAAGGGAUUCACGGGCAAUGAUUGACGAGGUCCCCUAAUGUAACCCUGCAAUUCGGCCAAGGAAAACUCAAGAAAACUUGAGAAGGGAUGUCGAGUGGGCAACGUUUAGCACAUAGGCUGGUGCUGUACAAUGUCAAUUUCCAUGUCAAGAUGCUGUACAAUGUUCAUUAAGAUGGCAUUAGAGUCCAUUUAAAGAGGGUUAGGUAAGGUUAGGCUGGCCCAUACCAGAGACCACCAGAGACCACUGCCAAUUAGAAAAUGCUCAAGAGCCUGCGGACUUCUUUCUGGCUCUCCGAGUCACCGAAAGACCAGCGUUUUGCAAGCGUAGGUUUCGGGAGGGAACGUAUAGUACAACUAAGUCAGCGAGAUAAGAGGGUGCUCACCCGUGUAAUACAUCUCAAGUGGACCAGGACCCACUGCAAGUUGGCCAAAAAGGGGUAACAGUCUUGCUGCAGCGUUUUGCGCGAACUGCAAGCUUUUAGUCCGAGAUGUGGGAAGGCCAGAAAGCAGCUUGCUACGAUAGUCUGAGGCAAGACGUAGCUAUAAUGCGUGGGCACCAGCGGAUAGGGUGGGCCUAUCGUGGCGAUAUUGCAAAGAUGAAAAAAUGGAUUUAUAGACACCAACAACCAGAACUCAACACAUGUACCCUUACCCCCCCCCGCAGAUUUUCUGGUUGAGGGGGGUGCUGAUUGAACUUCAAUCCCCAUCAUGAAAUUGUCAAGGGGGGGGCUAAUGGAACGUCGCUUCAACCCCCUAAAAUAGGGUUAGUGACGCCACUGGGCUGCAGCAAAAGGCCCUUUUUCAUGCAGGUGCUUGAGCGCAACCUAGUGGCCAUGUGUGCACCUGAUUGUUGUCUUUCAAUCGGACACAUUUGGACUCACACUAAAUCUAUUUGUCUUUUCUUCAACUCUGUUAUGUCAAAGGAAUUUUUUUUUUUUUCAAUUUGGAUUUUGUCGUCUGUGACGUCACGAUUUUCAACUCUUACCUGGACAUCUAGCACAUGAAUGUCAAACACGCACGCACAGAAUUCGCACACGCCUUUCGCGCACGCGCACAUUUGACGCCGCAGCGCGCGGGAGCGUGCGUCUUCAUUUUCGCAAAGACUGCGGACAAGACGGAAGCCAGGAUGAUGAUGAGUUCGCCGUCAGACAAGAUGAAAAAAAAAUGGUCCAAGGACAGUCUCACUCUGUUGCCAUGUUUCUACUUUGUCGAGCUCCCCAUCGUGGCGUCGUCCAUGGUGUCGCUGUACUUCCUGGAGUUGACGGACGUGGUGCGGCCUCCGCGAGUGGGCUUUCGCUGUCACGACCGCGAUCUCAGCAAACCCUACGUGGACGGAGGGGACGAAAUGAUUCCGCUGCUCAUGCUGCUCAGCCUGGCGUUCGCCGGCCCGGCCGCCUCGAUCAUGUCGGCGGAAGCUUUCCUUUACUUCCUGCAGUCCCGAAUCAAAGGACGGCGAGCGGAAGGCAGCAUCAACGCGGGAGGCUGCAACUUCAACUCCUUCUUGAGGAGGACCGUCCGCUUCGUGGGCGUGCACGUGUUCGGUCUCUGUGCGACGGCGCUGGUCACUGACGUCAUCCAGCUGUCGACGGGUUACCACGCGCCGUUCUUCCUCACCGUGUGUAAGCCCGACUACAGCCGCGUCUCCUGCGACGCCGACGCCUACGUCACCAAAGACAUCUGCUCCGGACACGACCGGCACGCGAUCGCGGCCGCCAGGAAAACCUUCCCGUCGCAGCACGCGACUCUGUCUGCUUUCGCCGCGGUCUACGUUUCCAUGUAUUUCAAUUCCACCAUCUCAGACAGCACCAAGCUGCUGAAGCCCGUCUUGGUGUUCUUGUUCGCCAUAGCCGCCGCGCUGACCGGCCUGACUCAGAUCACGCAGCAUCGCAGCCACCCCGUCGACAUUUACGUGGGCUUCCUGAUCGGAGCCUUCAUCGCCGCCUACCUGGCUUUUCACGCAGUGGCCAACUUCAAGUCUUCUGACAUCACUCUAGCCCCGCCUCUUCCGCCCACCCUGGACGACCCUUUGCGAGCACUGACCGAGCGAGGGCACGAGUCGGUCUAUAACAAGGGCCCCGCCUCUGCCUCUGAGAGCAAUGACGAGAUAGUGGCGACCCCGGGACCCCUGGAGCGCUUGGACGGCAUGGGGCCCCUUCAGAGGGAGGUCGCGUCCAUGGGGAGCCUGAAGAGGGCCAGCGUAGAUGUUGAGCUGAUGGUGCCGCGGAGUCCCAUGGCCAAGGAGACGAUGCUGACCUUCAGCAAUACUUUGCCACGGACCAGCAUCAAUGUCAGUGACGGAACGCCGGCUCCGGUCCAGCCUGUCCAGCGGCGUCUGAAGACGGUCCACGUCCCGACGGACCCGGUCUCAUCGCACCGCCUGUUGUCAGAAUGGAAGCAGAAGUCUGUGGAAAUGCGGGCCCAGAGCGCAGUGGGCGAGAACAGCGACGACAGCUCAGAGGCGGCUAGGGACGACCGAAGCUCACCUGUCCUCGUCUGCCAAGUGUGGUCUGGCAAGCCCGCUUCCAGUCGUAACCCGACUCCUCCUCCGGGAGGUGCCAAAGCCGUGGUGACGCCUAGACCGCCUCAGAUCCCCGAAGCGGGACCGCCUCCUGUUUCACCGAAGAGCACCUUGGCCCGUGCCAAGUGGUUGGCCAUUCGAGAGAAGACCAACCAGCCGCGACUGGUUCAGGUGGUCGCCGUGUCCAAGCAGCAAGGCCUCCUGGCGUCCCUGUCCUCGGGUGAAAAACUGUCAGAAAGCGCCUCCGCCUGUUCCGGAAGCUCCUCCGCCCCGCCCUCUCUGCGCUACCGGCCGGCCAGCGAGAAGCAGCGCGACGCGAUCCUCACCGUGGACGCCCACGCCUCUCACCAUCCUCUGGCCCAAACCCCCCUGAGUCCCUGGGAGUUGGCCGGGGCCGACCCCCGUGACGCGUAUGACUUGAACAGCCACCAGCGAGGAGAUUCUGCCGCCUGCGGCAGCAGUUUCCGGCCGCGGCGGUCCGCCGGCGGCGCUUCUGAACCGGCGCACCCGAUGCACCCGCCGCCUCAGAUGCAAUUCGAGGUGCUGACGGACACGCAGCGCAAGGAAAUGGCAACGAGACGCAAGACGGCCCUGGUUCUUCUGGAGCGAGAUGCUCACCUGACUAAUGAGGAGAAUCACUUCAACAGUUUCCAAAGGCGCAGAAUGAAGGAUUAGUCCAGUGACCUAUUUUGAAAAAGCCUCCAAUUUGGAGGCAGGCGUGCCUGUAAUUGUAAUGCAGUCGCAACAAUUCAUCAGUUGAUUCUUAUUCGUCACUUUGUUGAGCAGUGGGUGGGGCUGGUGAAGACCUCACGCUGAUUCAUGGUGCUAACCAUAGACAUCCGUGCGUAGACGCAAUAUUGAGUGCUGAAUCACGGCGACCUCGCCGCCAUAUUGGAUGUGGAAGAGUGGAGCGAUCGCAGAUGAGAUGAGAGCAGUCGUCGUUCACGUCGCAACCGUUUUACACUCAAAGCCAGAUCUCACGCGACUAAGACUGAACCGUGGCUUUUCGCAACAAUGAUGAUUUAGAAUACAUCAAAUACACUCACAUAUGCUUUGCAUACAAAGUCGAUGGCAAUAACAGACAGGCCGAGCGUCGUUUCGAUCACGCAAUCGGCUGAUUUUGCAGCUCAUGCUCUGGACGGACAAUGAAGACAA